UUUAGCGCAUGCGCCUAUUGGCUUCGACUGGACGUCUCCUUUCGCGCGUCAACAGCACUCGUUCAUGUGAUACAACGAGUGUCGUUUGUCCAAUUGUCCAGCGACGAUUAUCAAUAGAAAUGUGGCCUGUAGUGAAACGUGAAUCGACCACUAGCGCAUUUCAUUACUAUGAUAAAAUCGUCGUUGAAGAUGCCUAUGGCGCGCAAGAGAUAGCCACAAGAUUGUCGCGAAGGGAGCAAAAAUUGCUGCGCGAAGCUUUGGAUGAACUAGCUGCGCGUCAAGAUUCGGAGAAGCCCGUUCCAAUGAGCAGAGGACAGAUACGUUCCUUGUUUCUGGUGAAUUCUUUGCCAUUCAUCGGUUUCGGAUUCCUUGAUAAUUUGAUCAUGAUUUGCGCUGGAGAAUACAUUGAUCAGCAACUUGGUGCGUUUCUCUGCCUUUCCACCAUGGCUGCUGCAGCUCUUGGAAAUCUCAUCUCUGACGUGGCAGGCGUAGGUUUGGCACAUUAUGUAGAAGGCCUUGUCAAUAAAGUUGGCAUCAAACAUCCAGUGCUGACGUCAGAGCAGCUCGAUAGCUCGAAGGCUCGUUGGACAACCCAUUCUUCUCGUGCCUUUGGUCUCUCAAUUGGUUGCAUUAUUGGAAUGUUUCCGUUGCUGUUCUUUAACAGAGAUGAAGAAAAGGCCGAGAAACAAGCAGCGCGUGACGCUGCUGCUGCGACUGCUGUGUAGUUUUCCU